AUGGUAUUGAAAAUUGCCUGUAACAUUGUAAUAACUCUGCUGCUAACAAUACUUUUUUUAGGAUUUUCUCAGGUUUUUCUUACAGUUUUUCUCAUAGUUAUCCAAUCAUCUUUGGGUGUGGCCGCAAAAUCCAAUGAAACAUUUCCAGCAGGUCCUGUGACAGUGUCACGCAGCAGUUGUUUCAAAGCAGUUGUCAGUGGCAACAGUAAGGUGGUCUGCCGCUUCGAUACACCGGGAGUACUUAAUGACAUCAUCAGAGCUACAAUUUUGUUUCUUUUCAACCAGGAUAACCAGAGCAGUAGUAAUUAUGAAACAGUUCCAACAAAUUCAAAUAUUUCGACGUAUCUCAACAGUACGAUCCAUGAAAACAAUACUGCAAAUUUUUUAUUAAGAGACAUUUUUAACGUGUUUAAUAGGAAUUCGAUCAUCACUAAAAUGAUCCACGCAAAGUUGGCCUUUAAUGACGCAAGCACAAACUUGACUAGCUUAAAUGACGUUAACAUUGCAAUCACAUCCUCACAUGAGAAAGUUAGAUCUGCAUACGCUCAUGUACUUUCAACAAUUUUUCAAUCUCCAACAUCUGAGAAUAACUCCAACUGCAACCGUGACGAGACAUGUAGCUUGCUGGCAUUCUGUGCCCUGAUCUGCAACUCAGUGACAAACAACAUGUGUAAAGGAUUCAACGUCUUCAAGAUUGAAAACAAUUCAACUACUCGCAACACUCCUAAUGACGCCAUUAAAACGUUGAUGAAAAAUAACGCUGGCAGAUGCAUGUGGUGGGGAAAUAUAAAUGCUUAUUCCAAAAUUUUGAUGCCUUCUACCGUCUCCAGAUCAUGUUUAUAUUACGAGAUUACUCGACCAUCUCAAUCAUAUUUAUCGACUCUAUCAAUAAAACUUAAAUCUUAUUGCAAAGGCAAGAAUUUUACCUACAUCAUCAACCCUAAUACAAAACCUUUCGUUGGAUCAAGAAGCUUCACUAAUAUCAAAGGCGUCAUGCCGAAUAAUGAGAACAGUACAACCAUUCAAAACACUUCCAACUUUGCUAACAUUACCAGUUCAACAAAUAUUAAUAUAUCGUACGCUACUCUGGCUACAGAAUUGAUGACAAAGACUGCUGCAAUUGUAGCAGCAACUGUUUCUACUUCUGUUGCUACUACUACUACACUCACUUAUACUACCACUACUACCAUCAGUACUACAACCACUACUACUUCUACUACUACCACUGCUGCUGCUACUACUACUACUACUACUACUAAUACUACUACUAAUAAUAAUACUACUACUUGUAGUAGUAUUAUUAGUACUACAGAUACUUCUACAACUAAAACUACUACUACUAUUAACGCUACCUCUACUACUAAUACUACUACUACUUUUACUACUACUACUGCUACUACUACUACUACUACAACUAAUACAACUGCCGCUGCUUCUGCUACUACUAGAAUGUUUGAGGUAGACAUCGGCAAAUACAACUGCGGCAAAUACAACCCAUGCAUCUUACGUUAUUUCCUACUGCGUGGUCAGAGAUUUUUUGCAUACGACGGAGACCCCCAUCAGUUUGUUUCAUGCGAUCGUCGAAAGAAGAAACAAUGCCUCGUAGAAACUUGUCCCUUUGGAACUGUCUGGAGUUCGACAGAUUACUUCUGCGUCCGUGAAUGA